AGAGAUUACAAGGAUUUGAGAUAAAGAUAAGUUCUAAUGGUCAGUGUAGUAAUACAGGAUUUACAUCAGCUACAUCAUGUUAUAAAGAUACACCACCAACAAUACAAGAUAUAUAUACAAUAGAUAGAUGUAAUCAACCUACAUCAACUAGUAUAUCUGCUAGAACAGUAUAUGUUACUGUGACUGAAGUAGUUACUUUAUGUGAAGUUCAGAUAUUUUCUGACACAUCCACCAAUGUAGCUCUUCGUCAACAAUUAGUACAGCAGAGUUCUACAAACUAUGGUGCUGAUGCUUCUAGAGCUGUAGAUGGUAAUACUGAUAGUGAUUAUGAUAAUGGUCAAUCAUGUACUCAUACAAUAGAAGGACGGUCUGGUUGGUGGUGUGUUGAUUUACAACAGUUGUAUUAUUUCAACCAAAUUAAAAUAUAUAACAGACAGAACACAGAAUGGUGGUGGAGAUUACGAGGGUUUGAGAUGAAGACAAGUUCUAGUGGUUAUUGUGACGCGUCAGGACUUCAAUCAGCUACAUCAUGUUAUAGAGAUACAACAUCAACAAUACAGUCUGUUUAUACUGUAACUGGAUGUAAUCAAGGUUCAUCUACAUCAUUUUCUGGUAGAAUUGUCUAUGUGAAAAACUUUAACAACGCCCUAACAUUGUGUGAAGUUGAAAUAUUUGCAGAUCUAGCACAAUGUAAUACUGGAUACUACAAUACAUCACGUUCUACAUGUCAACCAUGUAAUACAUGCCUUAAUAACAGAUGUGAUCCUACAACUGGUGUUUGUAAUGGAGAUUGUAAAACGGGUUUUUAUGGUAAAAAAUGUCAACAGAACUGUAGUAAUGGUUGUUUAAACAACCAAUGUUCUAAAUCUAAUGGUAGAUGUAAUGACUGUAAACCUGAUACAGUUGGCCAAUACUGUAACCUUACUUGUGGUACAGAAUGUCAAUCAAGCCCAGACGAGACAACGACCACUUGUGAUAGAACUGGUAGAUGUACUAACUGUCGUAUAGGAAGAUAUGGUGAAGGAUGUGAUAACAACUGUAGUACAGGAUGUGAUGGUGGAUGUAAAAGGGGUCCUGGUAUAUGUAUUGAUUGUAUUGUAGGAAGAUAUGGUAAUGAUUGUGAUAUGAACUGUAGUAUAGGAUGUCAUGGUGGAUGUGAUAGAUAUAGUGGUAAAUGUACAUCUUGUAUUAAAGGUAAAACUGGAGACAGAUGUGAUGUCAACUGCAAUAAUAACUGCACUGUUUGUAAUCUGGGUAAUCCCAACUCUUGUACUGAAUGUAGAGAUGGAAAAUGGGGAUCAUCAUGUAAUAAACUAUGUAAUACUAAUUGUAAACCAGUAAUAGGUACAACCGUAGUUAAAUGUGAUCAGAUGACAGGAAAUUGUGUAAAUGGGUGUGUACCUGGUAAAAUAGGAUCCAACUGUACAGCAGAUUGUGAAGCAGGUCGUUAUGGUGACAACUGUACCAGUAAAUGUGGUAACUGUGCUGAUGAAACACCAUGUGAUAUAAUCACUGGCAGUUGUAGACUUGUUGGUUGUGUUGAUGGGUUUCAAGGUCCAACUUGUAAGGAUGUACAAACCCCACAUGAACCAGACGAUUACACGACAAUAAUAGCUGCUGUAGUAUCAACUGUGGUUGCAGUUAUUAUCGCUUCUGUUGUUAUCUUUCUAGUCCUAAAAUGUAGAAGGCGACAAAAAUCGACGAAAUCUGACCAACUAGAAGUGAACGAUAUACCACUAAAUGAUAAAACUGAUGUAUCAAGACCUUCAGAAAAAACAGUUAACGGUCGGUUGAGAGUUUUAUAAUUAAAGUUCAUCUAGUAGAAACAGAGGACUUAAUCAUUUCAAGAUUCGGUCUAUAAUGUAAUAUUCUGUGGCUUAUCAUUACAGUUAAUGAUUUCACGAUUCGGCCUUUUUAGUGUC